GCAAGAAGACGUUCGCUGGACAUGCAGAUGCCCGCGGCCAUGGCAAAGGUGUUGGAAGAGACAUCAGGGAGGAGGAGGAGGAGGAGGAGAAUGUCGCUAGUCUUUGUGGGAGCAGAGGUGGCUCCAUGGUCGAAGGUUGGUGGACUUGCUGAUGUCAUGGGCGCGCUGCCGCCCGCGCUCGCAGCUCGUGGACAUCGAGUGAUGAGCAUUUCCCCACGAUACGACCAGUACAGGGAUGCGUGGGACACAGAGACCACAGCAGAGGUGUGGGGCAUCACAGGUCAGAGGGUCUACGGCGAGCGAGUUGGUGAGGAAUACUCGGACAACCCUCUGCGGUUUGCAAUCUUCUGCCAGGUUUGGUCUCAGCUCAUCUGAUGGAACUAAAGCUUUUUUUUUCUC